AUGUUGGCAGACAAAAACGGUGCUACCUCUGUUAGGCAUGUAGUAGACGAUGCUUGUAGGAUGUUGGCCAAACUUGGCAACUGUAAUGCCCUUAAGGAGGUCGGCCGGUUGCAGUUCGAUUGGCCCCUAAUCACGACUAUGAUCAAGCGGUGGAGACUUGAGACACAUACAUUCCAUUUGCCAAUCGGCAAGGCGACCAUCACGCUAGAGGGCGUGGAGGUUGAAUUUAUGGAGCAAUCUCUUCAACAGAAUAUCUCUGAUCGUGCCAAUGCAGAAAAUAGUACAACAGGUUCUAAAGCAGGCGAGGAAGGUGAUAAAACAGAAGUUGGUAAACUAAGGCCUCUUAAUAUAGAGGAAAUUAGAAAUGCCCUUGCUACUAUGGUUGUUAUUGAUGAAUUGCCAUUUAAGAUUGUAGAAGGGGAAGGUUUAGCAGAACAGGAUAAAGCCAUUAUUAGAAUUCGAAAUGCAAUAAAGUAUAUGCGAUCUUCUCCUGCCAAGUAUAGUUUGUUCAAAAAAUGUGUUGAGAAAGAGAAGAUUUCAUGGAAUCAUCUUGUUUGUCUUGAUGUUGAUACUAGAUGGAAUUCCACAUAUAAAAUAUUGGAACAUGUUGAGAAAUUUGAGAAAGCUUUUGUAAGGAUAGAAUUAGAUGAUCCAAACUAUAAGAAGUACUUUGAUGGAGGUUAUAAUGGAGCCGGAGAUGAAAAAAAAGAGACAAAAAAUAAUAAAGAAAAAGGUCAAAAAAUUAUUGGAUUUUCCAAUAUGAAUGAUGUUAGUAAUUUUUGUGAAGAAUUGAGAGAUGGGAGGAAGAAGUUCGUGAAUAAGAAAAAAAGAGAUAAGAAAAUCAUUGGCCCUCCUAAGCAUGAAGAUUUUCAAGCUGCAAGAUGCUUUGCAAAGUUCUUAAAGUUAUUCUAUAAUGUGACAUUGAAGUUUUUUGGCUCAUUGUUAGAAUAUGUUGAGUUUUGCUUUGGUGAAAUGUAUGGUCAUGAUAAUAUCGUAAUAAAAUCAAGAAUUGCUAGUGUGAUAGAGUGUUUGGAUGAGUUGUAUCAUGAGUAUAAGAGAUUGUAUACAUUUGAACAAGAGAAAUUUGAAGAUUUAACUUCUAAUGAAGUUUUUCAUGGCAUGGAUACUGAUGAAUGUGAUAAAAGUUUGGAUUUUCUUGACUCUCAAUUUGCAAAGCGCAUAGAAUCACAAAAGAAAACAGAAAAUGCAUCGGAGGUAGCCAAAUACUUGAAUGAUGAGUUGAUUGGAAAAAAAAUUGAAUUUGAUCUAUUGGCUUGGUGGAAAGGAAAUAAAACUAAAUUUUCUGUUCUCUCAAGGUUGGCCAAGGAUGUUCUAUCCAUUCCAGUGUCUACCGUAUCGAGUGAACAAGUUUUUAGUACUAGUGGUCAUGUAAUUGAUUCAUUUAGGAGUUCUAUAACUCCUAAAAUCGUAGAAGCUCUUAUAUGUGCGCAAAAUUGGUUACGUUCUACUCCUAUUGAUUUACGUGAAUCGCUGGGUAAUAUUGAAAGUCUUGAAGAGAUGGAAGAAGAUUAUAGAAGGUCAGUUGAUGUUCCUGAUGGUAUCGUUGCUGCCUCACUGCCUUAUUAG